CCACGUGGAGAAACAAGGUUCGAAGGUUGAGUCCAUAACCAUAAGCAUGAAGCCGCCUUGAGCUUCUUCGAUGAUUCUUCGUCGUUCCCACGACUCUGUUGAAAGCCAGACUAUUAAUUAAUAAGAGGGAGUGAUCCGAUCCGACCAUGAACAAGUGCUGUAAAAUUUGUACAUGAAUCAAGAAAUAAAAUUAAAUAUGGGUUUGAAUAGAAGCAUUGCGGGGAUGGAUCCACAGCUGGCUGCGGAGAAAGCAGUGUCAGUGAUUGGUCAAGGCUAUGAUCUCUGCAGCGACAUAAGAUUCUCCGCCUGCAAGUCUUCCACGUUGAUCGAGAUUGAUCAUAAACACACCAGGGACAUGCUCUUCCCAGUUCCAGGUUCAAUUCGUGUCCACAACGUUCCCUCUUCCAUCAAGUGUGACAAAGGUGAACGCACAAGGUUCCAUUCCGAUGUUCUCACCUUCAACCAGAUGUCGGAGCAUUUUAACAGGCAGUUAUCUCUGUCUGGGAAGAUACCAUCGGGAGUUUUCAAUGCUAUGUUUGACAUGAGGAAGUGUUGGCCGAAGGAUGCAGCUGCAACUAAGAGCCUUGCUUUUGAUGGAUGCUUCAUAUCAUUGUACACCGUUGAAUUGGAUAGAACUAACUUAACCCUUUCCGAUCAAGUCAAGAAAGAUGUUCCUUCUUCCUGGAACCCUGCAGCUCUUGCCUCGUUCAUUGACAAGUAUGGCACCCAUGUGAUUGUUGGCGUCAAGAUGGGAGGUAAAGAUGUGGUCCACAUCAAGCAGUCAAAGAAUUCAGAUCUUCCACCCGCUGAACUGCAGAAACUACUAAAACAACUAGCUGAUGAGAGGUUUUCAGAGGAUUCGAAUCCAUCUUCCAAUGCCAAUCCUGCUCAAAUAUCAGGAAAACUAAAGGAUGAUCAUGCCAAGCUGUGGAGGCAGAACCAUUUUCCUCCUGCUGGAAGACCAGUUGUAAAAAGCCACUCCAAGAAUGAUGAAAUCAUGAGUGUUUCGGUCCGCAGGGGAGGCAUUGAUAUUCGUCAGCCUUAUAACCAGUGGCUUCAAACCAUACUACAAUCCCCCAAUGUCAUAUCAAUGUCUUUUGUUCCUAUUACUUCCUUACUCAACUCUGUUCCAGGCAAUGGAUUCUUGAGUCACGCCGUUAAUUUGUAUCUUAGAUAUAAACCUGCCAUAGAGGAUCUCCAUCAUUUUCUGGAAUUUCAGUUGCCACGGCAAUGGGCACCAAUGUAUGGAGAUCUGCCUCUUGGAUAUGGCCACAAGCAUAAGAAAAACAUGUCUCCAUCACUUCAGUUCAGUCUCAUGGGACCCAAGCUUUAUGUUAACACUGUCAAGGUUGAUUCCGGGAACCGUCCUGUAACAGGGAUUCGUUUGUACUUAGAAAGCAAAAAGAAUGAUCACUUGGCAAUCCAUCUUCAGCAUCUUGCAGAGAUUCCUGGUUUCCUUGAAAUCUCAGAAGACAACGGCUAUGAACCCAUCGAUGAACCGGUCGAAAGAGGCUACUACGAACCGGUAAAAUGGAGCAUGUUUUCUCAUGUGUACACAGCACCUGUUCAGUACAACAGCUCCAGAAUAGACGAGUCCACAGCCAUAGUAACAAAGGCAUGGUUUGAGGUGAAGCUUGUGGGAAUGAAGAAGGUUCUGUUCCUAAGGCUUGGAUUCUCAACCGUGGCAUCGGCCAAAAUCCGGAGAUCAGAAUGGGAUGGACCUUCUACAAUGUCUAGAAAAUCAGGAUUCUUCUCUGCCUUGAUGAGCACAAAGCUGAGCAAAGAGUUGAAAUCCUCGCCGGAGAAGGCGAAUAAGGUGGAGAUAAACUCAGCAAUCUAUCAAGGUGGUCCUCCAGUGCCAACAAGGGCUCCAAGAAUGCUCAGCUUUGUAGACACAAAAGAAAUGGUUAGGGGCCCAGAGGAUACACCUGGAUAUUGGGUUGUCACAGGUGCAAAGUUGUGUGUGGAUAAUGGCAGAAUCUCAAUCAAAGCCAAGUAUUCUUUGUUGACUGUUAUACCAGAAGAAGCUAUAGAGUAAGUAGCAUUCGGGAUUAUAAUAUAGGAUUACAAUGUAUCAUUUAAUAUUAUAGUCUGCUGUAAAUACGUAACUUAUAUUGUAUGAUUCAUUCAAAAAUGAGUGUCAUCUCACAUCUGAUGCAAAGUGAGCUAGAUUUGUUUUGGCAUAACUGCCAUCAAUAAUAAAAACUACCUAAAUUUCGAAACACACAAAAUCGUGUCGUUUUUUCCUUUUCGCUGAUCCUGAUAUCUAACUCCACAAGUGGGCAACAGAGACUUAUGUUUGCAUCUUGGUAUAUCAGCAAAUGCAACAUCACACAUUUGGCGAGUUCUGUAGAAGUAUAUAAUGAUUGAUAUGGGGUGCGGAUAUGGUACUCAACAAAAGUAAGUUGAAUGAGCGUCACAUGUUAAAGGAGGACUCUUGUAUUUAGUCAAGGUUCAAAAUCUGUUAAGAGUUCCUCCACGGCACCCUACUUGUGGAAAUUUGAAUAGGAUACGAUCAGAUUAAGAUUAUAUGGGACAGAAAGUUUGGAUUUGGGUAAAAUUUUACUGCUACUUUGCCAGAAAAAUGGGUCCAAAUAACAGCUUCAAACACGUAACCGUUUUAACGGUAAAAACCGAACCAAGAGAAAAUGAGAAAUUAAUUACAACUCAAAUAAAUAUAAAAUAAUAAAAUAAACUGGGAAAAUUUUCUACAUGCAAUCUGCUAGCACGCAGGCAUUUUUUUUUCCCAAAAUUAAGAAAGUAAAAUAUGUUUUAGAGGGAAAUGGGGGAAUCGAUGGAUUAAUUAAGAAGAAAAAGCAAGAGAAGAAUUUCAAAUCCCUCAACCGAUAAAAGAAGGAAAUUAUUAUUAUUCACAUGCACUACAUACUUGAUUACAUCUCAUAUCACAAUAAUCUUGCUUUCUUACUUACCACUACUACAUGAUUUAUAUUUCUCAGGGACAUGAACAUGACAUAGGCAUUACGCAAUUACAAUUCACAAAAACAUAGGUUUGAAAACUCUAGGAGC